AUGCCCAUCGCCAUUCCCCAGACGCCCAAGAAUGGCAUUACAAAAUUCACAAACUGCCGCCUCGUGAAGGGCGACGCCCUGGUGCAGGAGGACAUCUGGGUCAGCUCCGUCACGGGAAAAAUCAUCCACAGCCAGGCGGCCUUCUUCGAUGACCUCCUGCUGCCGGACGAGACCGUCAACCUCGGCGGCCGUAUCGUGUCCCCCGGCAUGAUCGACUGCCAGCUGAACGGCGCGUUUGGGUUCAACUUCUCUACUCUCCUCGAGGACAUGUCGCAAUAUGGCAAAAAGGUCCGGGAGCUCAACAGGAAGCUGAUAGCCACUGGCGUCACGUCCUACGUCCCAACUCUCACCAGCCAGAGACCAGAGCUCUAUCAGAAGGCCCUUCCAUAUCUGGGACCGUCUAAAGGCUCGGCAGCAGCGGAUGAGGGAGCCGAGUCUCUCGGAGCACACGUCGAGGGCCCGUUCCUCAACCCCACAAAGAACGGCGUUCACAAUGUCGACGUCUUGCAGCAAGCAGAGACGUUCGAUGAUCUGGUCGAGUGCUAUGGCGCCGAGAACAUUGAGUCUGACGCCAACGGCGGUGUAAUCCCCAUCAAGAUGAUCACCGCCGCCCCAGAACGUGGGCGGAUGACAGAACUCAUUCCCGAGCUGCGGGAACGAGGAAUCAUCUACUCCAUCGGCCACUCUGAAGCUACAUACGAAGAGGCAUCGGCUGCGGUUGCUGCUGGAGCCACGAUGAUUACUCAUCUGUUCAACGCCAUGAGGCCUCUUCAUCACCGCAACCCGGGUGUGUUCGGUGUCUUGGGUAUUGCUGAGAGCCUGGCCAGGCCCUACUUCGGUAUUAUCUCUGACGGCAUCCACCUGCAUCCCACCACGAUCAAGAUUGCCUUCAAUGCCCAUCCUGAUGGCUUCAUCCUGGUCACCGAUGCCAUGCACAUGAUGGGCCUUGCAGAUGGGUCUUACGAGUGGACCAACGGGGAGGACAUGAACCAUAUCGUCAAGGUCGGCUCUACGUUGUUGUUGGAGGGCACAGAUACGAUCGCUGGAAGUGCCGUCACAUUGAUGGAGUGCGUCAACAACUUCCUGAGAUGGUCCGGCACGGGCAUUCCCAAGGCCCUGAAGGCUGUGACCGCGACCCCGGCGGCGAUGUUGGGUCUUCACGGGGUCAAGGGAUCUCUGGAAGACGGUGCCGAUGCGGACCUGGUCAUCUUCUCAGAGGAAGUGAGAGAUGGCGCCACACAGCUGGUCGUGGAUGAAGUCUGGAAGGCCGGAAGGAUGGUGUCGAGUCGGGAGGACACACAAUCGCCGAUCUCGUAA